AUGCUGGAUUCUUCAUCAAGUGAAGAAGAGGACGGUGUAAGUGGAUUUACAAAUUAUGGAAAUAAAUCCACUGUGACAAAUGUUGCUGUUUGUAACAAAGUUCCUGUUCAAUCGAAUAUAUCUCUUACAACUAGUCGUUUACCAGUGGAUAAUGUUGGGGGAGGACAACGAAAUGUACAGUCUAGGUCUGUACGUGCUACUUCCAAUGAUAUCACCACUACAUGUGGACGCCAAAAUUCAGUUUCACCUCAUCAGAUUGAUAGCAGCGAUCAUAGUCAAUCUCCUCAUUCUAAACAACGCUACACAUCAGGAUCAAAAGAUCUAAUCAUUUCUAGUCAACAAGGUCGACCACCUCGUCAGUGGAAAAAUGAAACAUUUUCACGCAGUGGUUACAGUCAAGAGUCUCAGCAGCAUACUUAUAAAAGUAUGCAAGAAGAUGAUGAAAUAUCAAUGUCGUCGAUGAGUUUAAAUAUUCAUUCACCAUUACCACCACCAUCACAACAACAACAACAACAACAUCAACAAUCACAACUUUUAAAACAUAAUACUAUGGAACGAUAUGUUGGUGGAAGACAUGGAAGUAGCUCGUACAGUGUGAAUAGUACAAAUAGUGCUCCUAAUGCAGAAUCUACAGAAUCUCAUCCAGAAAAGUAUCAAAGUCGAAACCCAUCGUUAGUAUCACAAAGUCAAGAUUUAGGUAGUGUAAGUAAUCAACCCGUUAUUAUGCUAAGAGAUCCUGCUGCGUUAGAGCAAGAAAAACUUGAACGUGAAGAACAAGAAAGACGUAAAGCUCUACAAUUAUAUGUUUUUGUAAUGCGUUGCAUAGCAUAUCCAUUUUACUCCAAACCACCAACUGAUUUAAUACGUCGUUAUUUGAAAAUAACUAAACAACAACUAAACACAUUUAAAGAACGUUUUCAAGCAUUUCUUAGUGGUGAAUUAGAUGUUGUAGGUGAUGAAGCGUUUACAAAUGCUGUACAAAGUUAUUAUGAGGGAUUUCUACGCAGUGAUCGUGUUGCUAGUAUGGUUCGUGGUGGUGGUUGUUCAAUGCAUGAUUUUCGUGAAGUAUUCCGAUUGAGUGGUGAACAUCGUGUACAGUUUUUACCAGAAAUUGAAGGUUUAAAUAAAGCUAAUGUUGUCAGUGCGUGGAUGGUAAAAUUUGAUCAAAUAUGUCGUGGCGGUGCUGGACCAUCUACAGUUUUACAAAAAUUACAAGUUCCUCAACCUGAAUUAGUAAUGACGAAAGAACAAUUAUAUGAAUUGUUUCAAGCUACAUUAGGAGUAAAAAAAUACGAACAUCAAAUUCUCUACAAUGCACUACAAUUAGACAAUGCUGAUGAACAAGCUGCUCAAGUUCGUCGUGAAUUAGAUGGCCAAUUGCAAGCUGUUGAAGAGUUAUCUAGAAGUCGUCAGUUCCCUCGUUUGGUUGUCAAAGAUAUGGAAACUUUAUAUGCAGAUGAACUGCGUAAAAUGGUCGGUGAAUUGAUGCUUCGACUAGAGUCUGUACCUGUGACCAGAGGUUCCAGUAGUUUUCAGAAAUUUAAAAAAGUUAGCCGAUCACAAACUUCUAGCACAAAUUUAGCAAGUCUUCCUCAUAAAGAACAUAAUGAUGAGAUCAAUGAAUCAAAUUUCAAGAACAAAUUGGACAUACAGUUAAAUUUUUCAGUUGAGAUUAUUGUUGGUCAAGUGAAGAAUUUAAAAUAUUUACCAACUAAUAAAAUGGUUUAUUGUACCAUGGAGGUUGAAGGUGGUGCUCGAUUACAGACUGAUUUAGCUGAAGCUGGAAAACCUGUAUGGGGUACACAGGGUGAUUUUACCACAAAUCAACCUCUUCCUACAGUCAAGGUAAAAUUGUAUGCUGAAAGUUCUGGACUUUUAUCACUUGAAAGUGGUAAAGAAUUGGGUCGUGUUAUCUUAAAUCCUACAUGCAAUGGCAAUCGUCAACCGGAAUGGUAUAAAUUACAAACUUCUAAAAAUGUACCUGAUGACUUACAGCUACAGCUUACAUUACGUAUGGAGAAACCGAAUAAUCUAAAACAUUGUGGUUAUUUGUAUGCAUUAGGUCGGACAGCAUUUCGAAAAUGGAGACGGCGCUAUAUUUGCCUUAUACAAGUUUCACAGUAUAUGUUUAUUAUGGCAUCAUACAAAGAUCAUAAAUCGGAUCCUACAGAGAUUAUGCAAUUGGAAGGAUUCACAGUUGAUUUCUGUGAUGUUCAAGUUGAUUUAGCAGCUACUGGUGGAAAAUAUUUUUUUAAUUUAGUCAAAGAAGGUGAUAGUGUAAUGUUUGCAACAGACGAUGAAAAUGAACGUCAAUUAUGGAUACAAGCAAUUUAUCGUGCUACUGGUCAAACACAUAAACCUGUACCGCCGUCCAAAAAUAUUACUGGUAGUAGCAAUAGCAACUUGCAAAAUGUUAAUCUUAUUUCUGGUAAUAAGUCAUCAACUGCUUCAACAUUAACUUCUCGUGGCAAUACUUCAAGUAUAGGGAGUAGAGCUCAAGGAGAUGUGGAUCGUGCACGUAAACAUGGUCUUGAUGAAUUUGUCAGUAUUGAACCAUGGAAGGUGAAUCAUGCUGAAUUAUUUGCUUUGUUACAAUCAAAGUCAUUAGAUUAUCGUAUGAAAGAUUCAUAUGUAUCACUUGGUUGGUUUAGUCCAAGUCAAAUGUUUAUACUCGAUGAAUAUUGUGCACGUUAUGGUGUACGCGGUUGUCAUAGGCAUUUAUGGUAUUUAAAUGAUUUACUUGAUCGAGCUGAACAAGGCAUAAUUAUAGAUCCAGCGAUUAUACAUUAUUCUUACGCAUUUUGUUGUUGCCAUGUAUUCGGUAAUACACAAGAUACAAAUAUUCGGACUGUUUUAGUUGAUGAACGUCAAAUGUUCAUGGGGAUACGUCAACGGCUUUAUGCUCUUUUAGAAAAACAAAUUACAGAAUUUCGUUAUUAUUUCCCUUUUGGUCGUCCAGAAGGUGCAUUAAAAUUAACUUUGGGAUUGUUAGAAAGAGUCCUCAUGAAAGAUACCGGUGCCCCAGCUUCAGCUGAUGAAGUACGUGAAGUGAUAAGACGAUGUUUGGAACAGGCUGCCUUGGUGAAUUAUGCUCGUAUAUCCGAAUAUGCAGCUAUUGAAAGCGGUCGAGACAAAGGUGGUGAACAGUCCCAAACUACCAGUAAAACUUUGGCUGAUCUUAUUCACUUAGGGGAAUUGUGCAUAGAGGUACUGCGUCAGAAUGAAGAACACCAUGCAGAGGCAUUUUCAUGGUUUCAAGAUUUAUUAACUGAACAUGCAGAAUUGUUUUGGAAUUUUUUCUCAGCCGAUAUGGUCAGUGUAUUAGAAACAAUGCCACCAGAUUGUUGGGAUAGUUUUCCAUUAUUUCAACUAUUAAAUGAUUAUCUGAAUUCAGAAGCUUCAUUAAAAUCCGGAAAAUUUCACCAACAACUUACGCAAAUAUAUGCACCCUUGGUUGUACGUUAUGUUGAUCUUAUGGAAGCUUCAAUUGCUCAGUCAAUUAGUGGUGGUGUUGAUGGACAGUCAAACAUUCAAAAUGGUAUAAAUAGUCCUGAUUCAUCUGCUUCUGGUACAACAUCUACCAGUACAGGAUUUGCAGCAUCAGCCCUUGAAACCGUCGGUGCUCUAGGCAAUGUAGGCUCAUUGGUGAGUGCAGCUGCGGCUGGUGCAGCUAAUGCUGCAAAUGUUGCAAGUCGUACAGGUGGUUUAAUGGCAGCUGCCACCGCAGCAGCCAAUGCUGCAACACAAGCUGCCACAAAUCCAGCAUCUAUCGGAACAACAGCUUGCAUACCAGUUACUUCAAGUGAAUUAUUAUGGAAAUUAGAAGCUUUGCAAAAUUUUAUUCGAGAAUUACAUUGGCCUGAUACAGCAUUUGCUGAACAUAUGGAUAAUCGACUAAAAAUGAUGGCUGCAGAUAUGAUCGAUGCAGCAGCUCAACGUAAUUUGAAUUGUUUUGAUUCAUGGUUGAAACGUUCAUCGAAAGGCACAGAUUUUAUACUACCUAAUGAAUGUUGUAAUAUGAUCAAUACUGUCAUUGAACUGAAAGCAAGUAUAUUGAAAUUAUGUACAAAGGAUACUAAAGGGGAAGAUAUGCAUGAAUACCAAAAUCAAACAGAAACUAACCUGGAACGUGUACAACGAAAAAUGGCAAUACUAUUAAAUGAUAAAAUGGGCAAAAUAUUAGAAGGGAAUUUAAUGAAACUAGCUCGUUAUGAUGUAAAUACUUUACUUUCAUCAGUACUGUCAUUAACUAAACCUACGGAUGAAAUUGGCAAGGCAUAUGUUGAAUUUCUUCGAGUCAAUUUAGAACAAAUGCGACAAAAGGUCUCAGAUGAACUGUACAUUUUGUCAAUUAUGGAAACAUGGUAUAUGACACAAACGAGAAUGAUCAAUGAUUGGCUUAUUGAACGUAAAGGAAAUGCUUUAAGUCCUUAUCAAUUCACAUGUCUUUCUACCAUUAUAAAAAAAAUGUAUUCCGAUUUUGAACUUCAAGGUAUAAGCCCAGAUGCAUUGGAUACAAUGGCUUACAAAACAAUUAUGCAAAGACUUCAAAUGGAAGAAACUGCUCAGGCUGUUCGACCUGAUUUAGGAAGUAGUCCAACGCGAUCGAUACUUGGCACAAUAACAGGCAGCCUAAGUGGCAUUCCGAAACCAGGAUUCUUUAGUAAAAUGUAAUAGUUGAAGGAGACAAAACAAUAAAACACUGUCAUCUCCUCCUUCAGUUCACAUACACGUGUACUAAUCUUCAUAGACCGUUGUGAAUUGUUAUUUUCCUUUCUUUCAUUACUUACAAUUUUUGCCAACCAUUUAUAUGUGUAUGUAUAUCCAUAUAAAGCGAAAAACAAACUUGACGUACAGAAUUUUCACUCACCGUAUACAAUAAAUUUUUUACAGUAAAUAGAUCUUUGGAAAAUAGUUUAUCAUAAAGGGACACUACAAAAGCAAAGGAUUAUAAUUUUUCCAGUACUUUGAUGAAUUCGCAAUAAACUGUUUUUCUCGGGAAACAAAAUAAUAUUGGGAUUUGAUCAGUCUACAAUUAUCAACAGAACUGUAGAAAGUACGGCAUAGAUUAGACACAUUCACACUACUUGCUUGAUUUUUAUUUCAAAAUAAACAAUAUCUUACUUUUAAUUCAUCGUUGAUUCUAUUCUCACUACCUGUUUAAACAACAGCAUCAAUACACUUCAUGUACUAUUUUGGGUGUAUAUGAUUCAAAAUAAUCUUACGAAGUGCUUUUAUCAACAGAAUUCUCUGGUAUUUACAGCGGUGGCAACAAUUGACGACGACAGGAAUGAAAAGCAGAUUGUAACAUUAAUUACUACUAAUCUGUCUUGUGUAAAUUUGUACCCUCCCUCUAUCCCAACAAUAUUCACUGUAGCCUUGUAUAAAGAAUUAUCAGAACAAACAUCAACCAGUUAACAGAAACGAAACUGGACUUUAUUCAGUCAAUAUUAGAUAUAGAUAAUCCUUUAUCAUUUUCUCUUUCAUGAUUCAGUAUUUUUUUGCAGAG